CACGCGCUUUACAGCAAGUGGAGUUCUCUCUCUCGCUUGCUUAUUACUCACUCUCUCUGUCCGUCUAUUUCAGUUCCUUUUCGUCUCUGUUAUAUAAUUGAAUCGCCAAGCGUUGUUGGCGCUCGCUACAUUUCUCUGCGGGAUCAAUCGGAGGUGCUCAUAAUAUAUGGCGUUCGUAACAACCGCUGAAGUUUGUGAUGCAAACCCGCAACUUCUUGUGAGUGGUGAACUCCGAGCACUCCAACCAAUUUUUCAGAUAUAUGGUAGACGCCCGAUGUUCUCUGGACCAAUAGUAACGCUCAAGGUGUUUGAAGACAAUGUUUUGGUUCGUGAGUUUCUUGAGGAGAAAGGAAAUGGCAGAGUUCUCGUGGUAGAUGGUGGUGGGAGUUUAAGGUGUGCCAUAUUGGGAGGCAAUCCUGUAGUACAAGCUCAAAAUAAUGGAUGGGCAGGUAUAGUGGUUAAUGGCUGUAUAAGGGAUGUUGAUGAAAUCAAUGGUUGUGAUAUUGGUGUUAGAGCUCUAGCUUCUCAUCCCAUGAAAGCCAAUAAGAAAGGAAUUGGAGAGAAACAUGUCCCGAUAACCAUUGCUGGGACCAGAAUUUGUGAUGGGGAAUGGCUCUAUGCGGACACCGAUGGCAUCCUAAUUUCUCGCACAGAACUGUCUGUCUGAGCUUCUUGUCCACAAAACAGAUUUUGUGACAACCCAUUUGUGGAAGUAGGCUGUAUUUUUAUGCUUUAUUUGUGAUCUUGUGUUGCUUGAGCUCUUUCUUGAAUUUUAGAACAUGGGAACAAGCAAUGUUGUUCACUCUGCCUAUGUAAAUUGCUGAUGGGUGGGCAAAGUUCACUGGCGUGUUCUUUGAAGGGACCCUUGGUGUCAUUUGAGUUGACUUCCUCCUUUAUGUCCUUGAUCAUCUCAUCGAAACUCUUUGAUAUCUAAUGUUGCCUGAUGGCUUAAUAUGGAGAACAAUUUUAAUAGGA